GCAGGCACCGGGCCCGCGACCGUCGCCACGAGCGUCCCGCUGGUGGGGCGUGCGUGCAUCGGCCGUGGGUGCAUGGACAUUGCAGGGUGUGGGUGCAUGGACACUGCAGGGUGUGGGUGCAUGGACACUGCAGGGUGCGGGUGCAUCCCCCUUGGGUGCAUGGACACGGCAGGGUGUGGGUGCAUGGACACGACGGCGUGCCAGUGCAUCCCCCGUGGGUGCAUGGACACGACAGGAUGUGGGUGCCUUCACCGUGGGCGCGGUCACGCCUCCGGGCACACUCCCGGCCUCAGGAGCUCCACGUCGUGAAGUCCCCCGUGAAGUGUCACAGGCCGUGCUGGCGGAGUUCGCAGCCCCCGGCAGCCCCCGCCCCUCCGCCUGGCACGGCUGGGUAGGCUGCGGGCUGCGAGCCGGCGAUGAGCUCCUGGGUGCUGCCGUCGGCAGAGAGCACUGUUCAGUCGCUGCUCGCCUCGCCUGGGGCCAUUUCUCUGGACACAAAGCCUUGGCAAGUUCGUGCUGUGCUCCUGGGUUCGUGUGGCUCAGCACGCACCGCUCGGGUGGUUCGCAGCAGAGUGUGAGCAGAUACACUCCCUUUACGUGCGGAGAGUCCCUUCCCAUCACGGGCACUGCUUGAGCCGCACCGGCAGCUGCGGGAGAGGCAGCGCCCAGCCCGCCCGCGGGGCUGUCUCCGUGCUGGUGCCUUCCCUGUGUGCUGGGGAGGGCUGUGCUGCGUGGCAGCGGCUCUAGGGGAGUACAGUUUCCGAGUGCUGCUUGCUGUCUGCAGGCAGGUUUGUAAGCCUGAGUAGUGGAGCAAAGCCCUGAAGCCUCAGGGUCCUCUCUCCGCUGUCCCUUUUAGGAGGAGUGGCCUCCCAUCCCUGGGAGUGAGCCGGGUUUGCCCAUCCUUGAUGCUGGAGCUGGAAACGCCACAAGCUCUCUGUUCCCUCCCGUGAAGAGCUGGCACCAAGCACAACCCAGCAUCUCCUCUCCAAAAUUCCUGUUUCUGCCUGGGACUGCCCAGGCCCCUGGCCUGAGCCUGCAUGAUGCAGGACCCCUGGGAUUCUGCCUGAGUGCCAGGCCAGAGACAGACAGCUCCUGCCACACUGCUCUUCCUGCCGUUCACUCACAUUUCACAGGGCUGUGACCCCCGUGGGCUCACAUUGCUCUGAACCCUGCAGUGGGGCGGGCAGCAACCCGAACCUGGCAGCUGGGGUUUCAGAGCCAGGGCAGGGUGGUUGUGCUCCUGGGGUCACCUCCUCAUCUGCACCAUGCCUCAGCAGAGUCAUCCCCGGGGCAGGCAGGUGCCUCUCAUCUCUGUGAGAUGAGGAGAUGCAGGGGCUCUCGGCAAGCUAGACUGCUCUCCCUGCCCAGCAGCUCUCUGUGCCUCUUCCCGCCAGCUCUUGCCCUGCUUUGCCGGAGGCUGUUGCCAUGACACUGACUAAAGGCUCCUUCACCUACUCCAGCGGGGAGGAGUACCGCGGCGAGUGGAAGGAAGGUCGCAGGCACGGCAUUGGGCAGCUGACGUUUUCCGACGGCACCGCCUACGUGGGGCACUUUGAGAACGGGCUGUUCCACGGCUGUGGAGUGCUCACCUUCUCUGACGGCUCCAGAUACGAGGGGGAGUUUGUGCAGGGCAAGUUCAAUGGCGUUGGAGUCUUUACACGCUGCGACAACAUGACCUUUGAGGGCGAGUUCAAAGGCGGGCGCGUGUACGGCUUCGGUCUCCUGACUUUCCCUGACGGCUCCCACGGGGUGCCCCGCAACGAGGGCUUCUUUGAGAACAACAAGCUGCUGCGGCGGGAGAAAUGCACAGCCAUCAUCCAGAGGGCCCAGGGUGCCUCCAAGUCUGCCCACAACCUGACAGCAUGACGGUGCCCCACAUCCCCUUCCGCCAGAGCAGGGACCCCUCUGCUUGGGCACUGGCUGGCCCUGCUGGCCCUGGAGAAGGGAUGUGGCACUGCUGGGUGCCUCCUUGCCCUUUGUCCCCACCAAGCAUCCUCCUGCCAAACCCCUGCUGCUGGAGGGGAUGGGACCCUCCGCUCUCCACCCAAGUGCCCUGGGGCAGCCAUGGUGCCUUCUCUUUCUGGCUGUAGCCCUGGCACCUGCUGGAGCAGCAGGAGGGCAGGGUGGUUGGAGCUUGGCCUCUCUGUCUCCCAGAAAGACUGUGGACCACUAGGGCUGCAAACCUGCUGCAGAGGAUGGAGCAGUGGGACAGGGGCUGGUCCCUGACCCCACUGCCAGGGUGCCUUGGCUGGGAGCUGCUGGCUGGACAACGUGCCCCCAGAAGGGCAGUUCCUGGCUCGCUUCGCUGCCCUGGUCUGGAGGCAGGAUGGGUACCCUGGGCACGCUGUGGUCUGUACCCUCAGUUCUGGGUGACUGGCCAUCCCCCUGCAUGCCCUGGGUAGGGUGGCAUGGUGUCCUGGAAGAACCCAGCCUGCUCUCGAGGCCAGCCGAUUCCCCUCAUCCCUGUGCUAAUCCGCCUCACCCACUGCCUUGGCAACACCAGCAGCAGCAUCCCCACCAAGGGGGAUGGGGAGAUGCCCAACCUGGCUCAUAUCUGCUGCAUGCUGGUGGAGGGUGGGAGCAAGGAGCAGGGUCAGCAGGAGCCUGGUAGGAGGGUCACAAGCAGGACUGAGUGGGGUGGCAGGACUGGAGCAGGAGGCCUGGGCAGGGUGGAAGGGUAUAGAGGCAUGGCGAAGGGGCAGGCAGGGGGAACACAGCUCCCCAUUUUGCCCUCCACAUGCAUCCUUCAUCUCUCUGCUGCAUGCUCACCUUCACCCCGGUGUGCUCCGGCUGGCUGUGGUGCAGGGGUCCUGGAAGCCCUCACUGCCUGGUGCGGGGCCGCAGGGGCCAUACCCUCCCUGCCAGUCUCUACCCACACCGGUCCCGUGCCUUGCCGUGACCCUGCCUUGUGCUGCUGCCUGCACGGGCCUCAGCUGAGUAAACCAUGUUGCCAAA